GAGACACCGUUCUGCCUCAGAGUUGGACUCCUUCUCCCCUACUCCAUGUCAGAUUCCAACACAACUGACUUCAUCAAUCCCUCCACAUUCAUUCUGAUGGGCAUUCCUGGCCUGGAGGCAACCCAUGUCUGGAUUUCCAUCCCCUUCUGCACUAUGUACAUCAUAGCCAUCUUGGGGAACUUCACCAUCCUGUUCAUUGUGAAGAGGGUGCCGCACCUCCAUGGGCCCAUGUACUAUUUCCUCUGUAUGCUGGCCAUCACAGACCUGGUCCUGUCUACAUCCAUCCUGCCCAAAAUGCUGAGCAUCUUCUGGUUCAGUUCCCGGGAGAUCGAUUUCAGUGCCUGCCUCACCCAGAUGUACUUCAUUCACUGCUUCUCAGCGAUGGAGUCUGGGAUCUUCAUGGCCAUGGCUCUGGAUCGUUACGUGGCCAUCUGCCAUCCCCUGAGAUAUUCCACCAUCCUGACAAACCCCAUUGUGGCCAAGAUCGGCCUGACCAUGGUGCUGCGCGGUGGCAUGCUUGCACUUCCCUAUCCCUUCCUGGCAAGGCAAUGGCCAUAUUGCAGAACCAACAUCAUCCCCCAGCCAUACUGCGCGCAUAUAGCCGUGGUGAAUCUGGCUUGCGCCGACACCCGCAUCAGUAGUUACUAUGGCCUGUUUGUGUUAUUCUGCGUGAUGGGCCUGGAUGUGAUUUUUAUCGCCAUGUCCUAUGUCCAGAUCCUCAGGGCCAUCUUCAGCCUUCCCACAAAGGACGCCCGGCUCAAGACUUUUGGGACCUGCAGCUCCCACCUCUGUGCCAUCUUAGCCUUUUACAUCCCAAAUCUCUUCUUCUCCCUCCUGCACCGGUUUGGCCAGAAUGUGCCCCUACAUUUCCAUGUUCUCAUUGCCAACCUGUACCUCUUGAUGCCCCCCAUGCUAAACCCCAUCAUCUACGGGGUGAGGACCAAACAGAUUCGGGGCAGGCUGCUCCAGCUCUUUACUUAUGAAAGGGCCUAA